AGAACUGACCCGAUUCUCCGCCGCAACUUCCCCUUUCCUUUCUCCUCCUCCGGUUCCGUUUUCUUCUUCUCAACGCCGAUCAUCCAGUGACUCAGCGGCGGCAAAUGGCGACGGACAACGCAGCUAGCAAGGGGAAAAAGCGAAAGCAGUAUCUUCCCCACAACAAACCGGUUAAGAAGAAGGGUUCGUACCCGUUACAUCCAGGAGUUGAAGGCUUCUUCAUUACCUGCGAUGGAGGCAGAGAGCGCCAAGCUGCUUUCGAGGCUAUGAACGUUAUCGAAACUUUCUAUGAAGAGCUAGUAGAUGGAAAAGGUGGCAAUGUGAAGCUCUCCGAGCAGCCAAGUAAACCACAGAACAAAAAGAUCAAGUUCACAUACUCGGACGAUGAAGAAGAGGAAGUGGGAGAGGAUGAUAAAGCUGAGGAAGAGGUAGAGGAUGAUAAAGCUGGGGAAGUGGAUGGGAAGAAAGACAAUGGGGACGUUGUGAAAGCUGAAGAUAACUCUUCAGGAAAUGGCACUAAGAUCGAGACUAAAACGGCUGAAGGGGUGAGUGUUCCAUCUGUGGGUACUGAGUGUAGUGACAAAGAUCAAUCAGAAGUGAAGACCAGUAAUGAAGGAGAAGUAACCAAAGAACCUGCUGCGGAGCCACCAGUGAAAAAGCAGUGCAUUGAAACCAAUGAUUCAAAAGGUGCUGUUGUGGCCAAAGUGGAGGAGAAAUCUAUUGACAAGCUUAUAGCUGAAGAGCUGAAAGAACUCGGGGACAAGAGUAAGAGACUUCUCGUCAAUCUCGAUUCUGGCUGCAAUGGUGUUGUUUUUGUUCAAAUGCGCAAGAGAGAUGGAGGCCCUUCUCCCAAGGAUGUUGCACAGCACAUGAUGACAACUUUGGCAUCAACGAAGAAACACGUGUCAAGGUUUCUCUUAAGAAUGUUGCCAGUUGAGGCAUCCUGCUAUCCUUCAGAUGAGGAAAUUUCGAGGGCAAUCGCACCACUUGUCGCGAAGCACUUCCCCGUGGACGCUCCAGAACCUCAUAAAUUUGCUGUCAUGUACGAAGCGAGAGCAAACAGUGGAAUCGACAGGGCAAAGAUCAUAAAUGCAGUGGCGAAGGCCGUUCCUGAGCCUCAUAAAGUUGAUCUCAGCAAUCCUAACAAGACAAUCAUUGUCGAAAUCGUGAAGACAGUUUGCUUGAUUGGAGUUGUAGAGAAGUACAAGGAGUUGUCCAAGUACAACAUCAGGCAGCUCACCUCUCCCCCGCCAAAGCAGUAGAGACCACCAUACAUGUUCAAGAGUCUAGUUUUCAGAUACAUUCUCUUAGUUAUUUAUGUAAACAGUUGGAGAAUGAAUUUUCUGCGUGAAUGGAUUUCCUGGAGUUGGAAAGUUAAAGCUAUUGCUUGCUUGUUUGUUGUUUCUGCUCUAUAUUCUUUAUCUUAUUCAAAAGCAUACCAUGGCAGAGAGAGAGAGAGAGAGAGAGAGAGAGAGAGUAGAGUAGUCAAAUGGUAUUAUCUCAUUCAUUAGAAACUGGCACUGAA